CCCGUAGCUAGGGUGCUAGCUCUAUCUACUUCCAUCGCUAACCUUCAGCGUUAGCCAUGGGUCGUUUAGAAUGGCUUUGUGUUCUGUUUUGGAUAAGCGCAUGCAUAGCAGACACACUCACAGAGGAAGGCGUCAGAACAACAACCGGAGAUGCCACCGUUCUCGCCUCCUGCGACUUCAACGAUGCCGGCGCGCCGUUCUGCAGCUUUGUACAGGACAGGGCGGACAACAGCGACUGGACCCGACACAAAGGCCCCACCCCCACCCAGGGGACGGGGCCCAGCGGGGACUACCCCGACGGAAAGGGCUUCUACAUCUACCACGAGAGUGACAACGUGGUCAACCAACAGAACGCUCGCCUGCUCAGCCCCGCCCUCACGUCCCCCGCCACGCAAAUAUGCGUCCAAUUCCGAUAUUACAUGUACGGCGCCGACAGCGACAACACGCUGAGGGUCCUGGCCAAGAGAUCUGGGGGUACGGAGACCGAGGUGUGGGCGAGGAAGGGCAUCCAGAGUCCUUCCUGGCUGGCUGGGUCCGUCACCGUGACCAAGGCCUCCAGGCAGCAGAUUGACAUUGUCUUUGAGGCUAAGAGAGGAUUCACCGACUCGUGUGACUCGGGCCUUGACAACAUUGUCAUCAGUGAAGGAGCUUGUCCAUCUUGCGUGCAUGGCUGUGGUUUCGACACCAUCGAUGACCUGUGCGGUUGGACCGCACCCGUACCAGAGAAUCCAGACAUCUACGGCUUUGAGCAGUGGACCGGGGCUACGGAAACCGCGGGCACAGGCCCGAAUGAUGACUUUUCCCAACCCGGACUGGGAAGCUACAUGUUGAUGGAAUCCAGCACGGCCAUAGCUGGAGCCAAGGCCGAAAUCAGAAGUCCGUCCACACCUUCGUCCGGCUGUCUGGACCUCACCUUCCACUACUACAUGUACGGCAGCGCCAGCAGCAUGGAGCUGAGCGUGCACACUGUCACUGCAGGUGGCGCCGUGGGAGACCGUCUCUUCAGUGUCCGGGGAAACCAAGGCGAGGGCUGGAGGCCGGCGGAGGCCCGGUACAUCGGAACCUCGGCGGUCGAGUUUGUGAUCGUGGGUACCUUUGGAGAGACUGCCCUGACAGACAUCGCUGUGGAUGCUGUAUGUGUUAUGGUUUGUGAAGCCACAACCCCAGGACCAACUACACCUAAACCAACUGUCCCAGGACCUACGACACCUAAACCAUCAACUGCAGGCCCAACUACACCUAAACCAUCAACCCCAGGCCCAACUACACCUAAACCAUCAACUCCAGGCCCAACUACACCUAAACCCUCAACCCCAGGACCUACAACUCCAACUAAAUGCCCUCCGGGCGCGGAGUACAUAGAGUGCGGGCCGGCCUGUAUUCCCAGCUGUGAGGAUCCCUCCACCAACUGCAGCGGCUCCUGCAUCAGCGGCUGCUUCUGCAAGCCGGGCUUCGUGUUCAAGGGCCGCCGCUGUGUGCCUCUGGACAAGUGUGGCUGCUUGGACGACAACAACGACUACUACGAGCCCGGAGAGAUCAUCUACGGUGACGGCUGUUCCCAGCUGUGUCGCUGUGCGGGGAACUACACCCUGUCCUGCGUGGACAACUCCUGCGACCCCACCGAGGAGUGCCGAGAGGUCAGCGGGACGCACGGAUGCUAUCCAAAAGACACGUCCACGUGCGUUGCGUCGGGGGAUCCUCACUACAGCACCUUUGAUAAGCGCAAGUACAACUUCAUGGGCAACUGCAGCUACGUGAUGUCGGAGCCGUGCAACGACACGUCCGUCCCUCACUUUGAGGUCCACGCCGACAACGAGAACCGCUACAACAACCCGUCCAUCUCCUACAUUAAGGCUGUGCACGUUUACGUGCGCAUGCAGAAGAUCUCCAUCCUGAAGGGAGGCACUGUUCAGCUGAACGGGACCAAUGUAAACCUGCCCUUGACUCCCAGCCCCGGCGUGUCAGUGUUCAAGUCUGGUAAAUUCUACACGGUUUCCAUGGACUUUGGCGUCACCGUUCGCUACGAUGGGAACCACUUCAUGGACAUCAAGGUGAUCAAAGACUACCAGGACAAGUUGUGUGGACUGUGCGGAGACUACAACCUCAAUGCCAAGGAUGACUUCAGGAAGCCCGACGGAUCUCUGACUCCCAACGCCAACGACUUUGGACACAGCUGGGUCACCGAUCCAACCUGCAAUGUCAAGCCCAACACCACGGUUCCUGGCUGUACAGAGGAAGAACAGGACCGCUACGAGAGCUCUGGCUUCUGUGGCAUGCUGCUGGACAAGAAGGGCCCCUUUGCCGUCUGCCACCGCAAAGUCAACCCCAACAGCUACUUCAAGGACUGCCUGUUUGACCUGUGUGCGCUGGACGGCAGCAGGCCCAUCCUCUGUGAGGCCAUCGAGGCGUACGUCAACGAGUGCCAGGACCGCGGCGUUACCGUGGGAACCUGGAGGAACAACACCUUCUGCCCUCUCCCAUGUGAUCCCAACAGCCACUACGAGCCGUGUGCGCCCCCCUGCCAGGCGUCCUGCAGUGGGGGGUCCUCGGGCUGUGGGGGUCCCUGCUCCGAGGGCUGCGUGUGCGACUCCGGCUUCGUGCUGAGCGCCGGCAAGUGUGUGGAGAAGAACUCCUGUGGCUGCAACUACACGGUCAACGGACAGUACUAUGAGCCUGGCGAUGAGUUUUACGUGGACGACUGUCAGCUGAAAUGUAGAUGCGACGUCCCCUUCGUCACUUGCCAGGCCUCAGUCUGCCCCCCAGAGCAGGAGUGCAAGCUCCAAGGAGGAGAGCUGGGCUGUUACCCUACAACCCCAACUACACCCAAACCAACAACUCCGGGCCCAACUACACCUAAACCAUCAACUCCAGGCCCAACUACACCUAAACCAACAACCCAAGGACCUACAACUCCGAGACCAACCACAGUGACAACGCCAGCUAAAUGCCCGCCGGACGCGGAGUACAUAGAGUGCGGGCCGGCCUGUAUUCCCAGCUGUGAGGAUCCCUCCACCAACUGCAGCGGCUCCUGCAUCAGCGGCUGCUUCUGCAAGCCGGGCUUCGUGUUCAAGGGCCGCCGCUGUGUGCCUCUGGACAAGUGUGGCUGCUUGGACGACAACAACAACUACUACGAGCCCGGAGAGAUCAUCUACGGUGACGGCUGUUCCCAGCUGUGUCGCUGUGCGGGGAACUACACCCUGUCCUGCGUGGACAACUCCUGCGACCCCACCGAGGAGUGCCGAGAGGUCAGCGGGACGCACGGAUGCUAUCCAAAAGACACGUCCACGUGCGUUGCGUCGGGGGAUCCUCACUACAGCACCUUUGAUAAGCGCAAGUACAACUUCAUGGGCAACUGCAGCUACGUGAUGUCGGAGCCCUGCAACGACACGUCCGUCCCUCACUUUGAGGUCCACGCCGACAACGAGAACCGCUACAACAACCCGUCCAUCUCCUACAUUAAGGCUGUGCACGUUUACGUGCGCAUGCAGAAGAUCUCCAUCCUGAAGGGAGGCACUGUUCAGCUGAACGGGACCAAUGUAAACCUGCCCUUGACUCCCAGCCCCGGCGUCUCAGUGUUCAAGUCUGGUAAAUUCUACACGGUUUCCAUGGACUUUGGCGUCAACGUUCGCUACGAUGGGAACCACUUCAUGGACAUCAAGGUGAUCAAAGACUACCAGGACAAGUUGUGUGGAUUGUGCGGAGACUACAAUUUCAAUGCCAAGGAUGACUUCAGGAAGCCCGACGGAUCUCUGACUCCCAACGCCAACGACUUUGGACACAGCUGGGUCACCGAUCCAACCUGCAAUGUCAAGCCCAACACCACGGUUCCUGGCUGUACAGAGGAAGAACAGGACCGCUACGAGAGCUCUGGCUACUGUGGCAUGCUGCUGGACAAGAAGGGCCCCUUCGCCAUCUGCCACCGCAAAGUCAACCCCAACAGCUACUUCAAGGACUGCCUGUUUGACCUGUGUGCGCUGGACGGCAGCAGGCCCAUCCUGUGUGAGGCCAUCGAGGCGUACGUCAACGAGUGCCAGGACCGCGGCGUUACCGUGGGAACCUGGAGGAACAACACCUUCUGCCCUCUCCCAUGUGAUCCCAACAGCCACUACGAGCCGUGUGCGCCCCCCUGCCAGGCGUCCUGCAGUGGGGGGUCCUCAGGCUGUGGGGGUCCCUGCUCCGAGGGCUGCGUGUGCGACUCCGGCUUCGUGCUGAGCGCCGGCAAGUGUGUGGAGAAGAACUCCUGUGGCUGCAACUACACAGUCAACGGACAGUACUAUGAGCCUGGCGAUGAGUUUUACGUGGACGACUGUCAGCUGAAAUGUAGAUGCGACGUCCCCUUCGUCACUUGCCAGGCCUCAGUCUGCCCCCCAGAGCAGGAGUGCAAGCUCCAAGGAGGAGAGCUGGGCUGUUACCCUACAACCCCAACUACACCCAAACCAACAACUCCGGGCCCAACUACACCUAAACCAUCAACUCCAGGCCCAACUACACCUAAACCAACAACCCAAGGACCUACAACUCCGAGACCAACCACAGUGACAACGCCAGCUAAAUGCCCGCCGGACGCGGAGUACAUAGAGUGCGGGCCGGCCUGUAUUCCCAGCUGUGAGGAUCCCUCCACCAACUGUAGCGGCUCCUGCAUCAGCGGCUGCUUCUGCAAGCCGGGCUUCGUGUUCAAGGGCCGCCGCUGUGUGCCUCUGGACAAGUGUGGCUGCUUGGACGACAACAACAACUACUACGAGCCCGGAGAGAUCAUCUACGGUGACGGCUGUUCCCAGCUGUGUCGCUGUGCGGGGAACUACACCCUGUCCUGCGUGGACAACUCCUGCGACCCCACCGAGGAGUGCCGAGAGGUCAGCGGGACGCACGGAUGCUAUCCAAAAGACACGUCCACGUGCGUUGCGUCGGGGGAUCCUCACUACAGCACCUUUGAUAAGCGCAAGUACAACUUCAUGGGCAACUGCAGCUACGUGAUGUCGGAGCCCUGCAACGACACGUCCGUCCCUCACUUUGAGGUCCACGCCGACAACGAGAACCGCUACAACAACCCGUCCAUCUCCUACAUUAAGGCUGUGCACGUUUACGUGCGCAUGCAGAAGAUCUCCAUCCUGAAGGGAGGCACUGUUCAGCUGAACGGGACCAAUGUAAACCUGCCCUUGACUCCCAGCCCCGGCGUCUCAGUGUUCAAGUCUGGUAAAUUCUACAUGGUUUCCAUGGACUUUGGCGUCAACGUUCGCUACGAUGGGAACCACUUCAUGGACAUCAAGGUGAUCAAAGACUACCAGGACAAGUUGUGUGGAUUGUGCGGAGACUACAACCUCAAUGCCAAGGAUGACUUCAGGAAGCCUGACGGAUCUCUGACUCCCAACGCCAACGACUUUGGACACAGCUGGGUCACCGAUCCAACCUGCAAUGUCAAGCCCAACACCACGGUUCCUGGCUGUACAGAGGAAGAACAGGACCGCUACGAGAGCUCUGGCUUCUGUGGCAUGCUGCUGGACAAGAAGGGCCCCUUUGCCGUCUGCCACCGCAAAGUCAACCCCAACAGCUACUUCAAGGACUGCCUGUUUGACCUGUGUGCGCUGGACGGCAGCAGGCCCAUCCUCUGUGAGGCCAUCGAGGCGUACGUCAACGAGUGCCAGGACCGCGGCGUUACCGUGGGAACCUGGAGGAACAACACCUUCUGCCCUCUCCCAUGUGAUCCCAACAGCCACUACGAGCCGUGUGCGCCCCCCUGCCAGGCGUCCUGCAGUGGGGGGUCCUCGGGCUGUGGGGGUCCCUGCUCCGAGGGCUGCGUGUGCGACUCCGGCUUCGUGCUGAGCGCCGGCAAGUGUGUGGAGAAGAACUCCUGUGGCUGCAACUACACAGUCAACGGACAGUACUAUGAGCCUGGCGAUGAGUUUUACGUGGACGACUGUCAGCUGAAAUGUAGAUGCGACGUCCCCUUCGUCACUUGCCAGGCCUCAGUCUGCCCCCCAGAGCAGGAGUGCAAGCUCCAAGGAGGAGAGCUGGGCUGUUACCCUACAACCCCAACUACACCCAAACCAACAACUCCGGGCCCAACUACACCUAAACCAUCAACUCCAGGCCCAACUACACCUAAACCAACAACCCAAGGACCUACAACUCCGAGACCAACCACAGUGACAACGCCAGCUAAAUGCCCGCCGGACGCGGAGUACAUAGAGUGCGGGCCGGCCUGUAUUCCCAGCUGUGAGGAUCCCUCCACCAACUGCAGCGGCUCCUGCAUCAGCGGCUGCUUCUGCAAGCCGGGCUUCGUGUUCAAGGGCCGCCGCUGUGUGCCUCUGGACAAGUGUGGCUGCUUGGACGACAACAACAACUACUACGAGCCCGGAGAGAUCAUCUACGGUGACGGCUGUUCCCAGCUGUGUCGCUGUGCGGGGAACUACACCCUGUCCUGCGUGGACAACUCCUGCGACCCCACCGAGGAGUGCCGAGAGGUCAGCGGGACGCACGGAUGCUAUCCAAAAGACACGUCCACGUGCGUUGCGUCGGGGGAUCCUCACUACAGCACCUUUGAUAAGCGCAAGUACAACUUCAUGGGCAACUGCAGCUACGUGAUGUCGGAGCCCUGCAACGACACGUCCGUCCCUCACUUUGAGGUCCACGCCGACAACGAGAACCGCUACAACAACCCGUCCAUCUCCUACAUUAAGGCUGUGCACGUUUACGUGCGCAUGCAGAAGAUCUCCAUCCUGAAGGGAGGCACUGUUCAGCUGAACGGGACCAAUGUAAACCUGCCCUUGACUCCCAGCCCCGGCGUCUCAGUGUUCAAGUCUGGUAAAUUCUACAUGGUUUCCAUGGACUUUGGCGUCAACGUUCGCUACGAUGGGAACCACUUCAUGGACAUCAAGGUGAUCAAAGACUACCAGGACAAGUUGUGUGGAUUGUGCGGAGACUACAACCUCAAUGCCAAGGAUGACUUCAGGAAGCCUGACGGAUCUCUGACUCCCAACGCCAACGACUUUGGACACAGCUGGGUCACCGAUCCAACCUGCAAUGUCAAGCCCAACACCACGGUUCCUGGCUGUACAGAGGAAGAACAGGACCGCUACGAGAGCUCUGGCUUCUGUGGCAUGCUGCUGGACAAGAAGGGCCCCUUUGCCGUCUGCCACCGCAAAGUCAACCCCAACAGCUACUUCAAGGACUGCCUGUUUGACCUGUGUGCGCUGGACGGCAGCAGGCCCAUCCUCUGUGAGGCCAUCGAGGCGUACGUCAACGAGUGCCAGGACCGCGGCGUUACCGUGGGAACCUGGAGGAACAACACCUUCUGCCCUCUCCCAUGUGAUCCCAACAGCCACUACGAGCCGUGUGCGCCCCCCUGCCAGGCGUCCUGCAGUGGGGGGUCCUCGGGCUGUGGGGGUCCCUGCUCCGAGGGCUGCGUGUGCGACUCCGGCUUCGUGCUGAGCGCCGGCAAGUGUGUGGAGAAGAGCUCCUGUGGCUGCAACUACACAGUCAACGGACAGUACUAUGAGCCUGGCGAUGAGUUUUACGUGGAUGACUGUAAGCAGAAAUGUAGAUGCAACGCACCAAGCAUCACGUGCACAGCCUCAGUGUGCCCCCCAGAGCAGGAGUGCAAGCUCCAAGGAGGAGAGCUGGGCUGUUACCCUACAAGCUCCCAGGACUGCGUGAUCUCAGGGGACCCCCACUACAACACCUUUGACAAGAAGUUCUACAGCUUCAUGGGCACCUGCACCUACACACUGGCCAGGAACUGCGGCAAUAAAACAGGGCCUUGGUUCUCGGUGGAGGGUAAGAACGAGGAGCGAGGCGGGGCUGGGCUGGCCUACCUGAAGAAGCUCUACGUCACCGUGGAGGGGGUCACCGUCACACUGAUGAAGGCCAGGAGAACGCUGACAUGA